GGUAGGUACGAGAAGCAUCGCUACAACGUCUACCACGUUUCGAUGUCACUAAUCUAGUUCAAUAUCAAAACACAUUCGCCAUGAGACCUUCGUUGAGAUUAUGGGCUACAGCAACGGCGGGAAAAGGCCUGAGGCCGGAACCAAUGGCAUUAUUACCACCGAUUCCCCUCUAUCGACGUUUACUUAGAGCUCAUCGGAAAUUCCUAGAUCCUGAGAUGCGUAUACUGGGCGACAAAUAUGUCAAGGCCGAGUUUCGCGCCCAUAGGAAUGUCGAAAACCCAGUACAUCUGAUUGGAUUCCUCACACAAUGGCAGCUUUACGCUCAGGACAUUGAAGGGAAAUCAUGGGUUGGCGACAAACUGGAUCCAGCGAAAGUUGAGAAAAUGAGUGAUCAGCAAAUAGGGCAAUUAUAUGAACUCAUGAAAGCGAUUCAGAAGAGACACAAGGAUGAGCAGGAAGAAUGACGUCUCGCAUUGCUACUCUUCUCUAACGUAUUCUGAUAUAUAUAUAUUAUAAUCGCCGUACAAACUGUUGAUAUAUCUACCUGUAUCAAAAAUUUAUGCCACUAAUUGGUUCAUAGCUAUCUAACUCUUAUUACGCCCAUGAUGUUAAGUAUUACUUCAUAGAGUCGACAGUUGAACCAUCCGAAUAAAAAGAUG